GUUCUUUUCGGGGGCAGACCUGCUCACAUUUUUGAGCCUUCAGUGAAGGAGGGCGAAAUGAUGGUCUACACACCCGCGGUGCCUGCAGGCUGGCAUGAAGUCGAGGUUGUCUUCACUUCAGGCCACAUCGCCAAGUGGCGGGAUGGCAAGUUCAGGACUCACUCGAGGCAUACGCCAUUCGUGUCACACAUCUCUCACGCCUCCGCCAUCAUUGACAACGUAACGUGGGAGGGCGACCUGAAGAAACAGCUAGACUUGAACCAGCAGGACAUCUUUCAAGACACAGGCGAGAAGCGAAACGCGACUGAGAUUAUGCAUGCUUACCUUGGUACGGGCCUGGAAGUUUUGGCCGACAAAGGCGGCCGCGAGGAGUUUCGCUGCGACAUCAUCGAGACCCCUACCAUGAACAAUGGG